GGAAGAACAGACUACUGACAAUAUUUAUAUCCAACAUAGCUCGCUACAACAGUUAAACUGGUGUAUGCUGGUGUUUUGUAUUGCAAAUGUACAUAUAAAUAAAGUUUUGAUAGUAGUCAGAUUGACACUCAACGACAAUAAUUUUCUCUUAACUCAGAAAACUACAUUUCCCAUAAUCAACCCAAAUCUGGCGGCUGCUGUGCGUCUUCCCAUCACAACACAACUAAAGACCAUCUCUGCAGCUAGUGGAGUUUGCUAACUAUUAUUACGGUGAAAGGAUGGGUGUUUCGGAUUUACAGUGUGAUUCAAAAACCGGACUUGUGUUGGAUCUUUCAGACCAGAGUUUGCAGAAGCUGGAUCCUAAUUUCACAUGCUCGGAGGACACCCACACUCUCAUUCUUGACCGCAAUCAAAUCAUGAAGUUGGAUUAUAUGGAAAGAAAUCCGGGCAUCCAGCAGCUAUCUGUAGCCAGUAAUCGCUUGGUGAGGAUGAUGGGUGUGUCUCGGUUAACUGAACUCAGAGUCCUGAACCUUCCUAAUAACAGUAUUGGCUAUAUUGAAGGACUAAGAGAUAUGCCUUAUUUGAAAUGGCUUAACCUAUCGGGUAACAACAUUAAGGUCAUUGAGCAACUGAACAACUGUGUUUCACUUCAACAUCUGGACCUCUCUGAUAAUAACAUAUCAGUUAUUGGAGACUUGACCAAACUAACAUUGUUACUCCAUGGAAACAGCAUUACAACGCUCCGUACAGUUCCUGCACACCUACCUGUUCAUUUAUCUAUUCUCUCCCUUGCGGAAAAUGAAAUCAGAGAUCUCAAUGAGGUGUCAUAUCUAGCACCUCUUCAAGACCUGGAGCAGCUGUCUAUCAUGAGCAACCCUUGUGUUAUGGCCACUCCUUCACUGCCAGGGUUUGACUACAGGCCAUACAUCAUGAGCUGGUGUCUGAACCUAAAAGUUCUAGAUGGUUAUGUAGUGUCCCAGAAGGAAGGCCUGAAAGCAGAGUGGCUGUACAGUCAAGGCAAAGGUCGCUCUUUUCGACCAGGACAACAUGUUCAGUUGGUUCAGUACUUGGUCACUGUAUGUCCUCUGACCUCCUCACCAGCUCUGGAAACAGCAGAAGAUGCAAAGCUGGAGAAGAUCUUGAGGAAGCAAAGACUGCACCAAAAGCAGCUCUUGGAGGAAAGUCGUGUAGGUUGUCCCAGCCCUCCUCGUCCCACACAAUUGGACGUGGACAAGCACAGUACAUCUCUGUCACAAGAGGGAACCAGAGAGUUGAUGAACACAGCAUCUACUGUCAACCCACCCCAAGAGACCAAGCCAGUGUUGCAGAUUAAUACCUGGGUGAGCUGUGAUGCUGCCCAUGCGUCCCUACCCGUGAAUCGCAACCCAAGACUUGAUGAGCCAGUCUAUUUGGAAGAUGUGCAACCAGAUGAGGACAAACUCAACAGUAGUAUGCUAUCAUCUGAGUCCACGUUUAUCCCAUUCAAAUGUGAACUUGAACUCCACACUGGUCCCUCUGACAGUGAGGAUGAAACAGAAACAUUUGAACCUGACUCUCUGGCUCCGAAAAUCUCUGAGCCCAAAAGAAACAACUCGAAGAGAGAGCAUCCCUCUCCUUUGACCACAAACCAAGAGGCUAGUGCAACUACUGCUCUUCUUAAAAGCAAUUCUAAUAACAAUGACUUUCCACAAAUUAUGGCAAAACCUUCUUAUGAGAAAUGUCUAAGGGUUGAUGCAGGUGAACAUGCAGAAGAACACAAACUCCACUCUGAUUCAGUGGAGGCUGUGAAGGCUGCUAUUAAAAUACAGUCUUGGUGGAGGGGCCAGUUCACACGUUUUUCAAACCUGAAAGCCAAAGAAGUGCGAAAUGAAAUUCGACUGAGGCGGCUGCAAGACCAUAUCCUGUUUCUUUCAGAGAAAUUAGACGGAUUGCAACAGCAGUAUGAAGAUGAAAAACUACAAAGGAUGGUACAGGAAGAAACUGUGAAGUUUUUGUGGAAAGAACUUCAGUCUAUGCAGGAGUGGAAGCGGUCUGUGGAACACCAGCUUGCUAGCAUUACUCAGAUAAACCAGAGCCCACUUCUGAGACCCUGUGAAUCUGCUACACCUGUCGCUUCUAGCACUAAAAACCCUCCCAGCACUGAUGUGUCCUUCCCAGACUCUGGAUUUCAGUCAACAAGUAAUGGACCACAGGCUGCUCCAGAGGACAGCUUCUUGAGUAGUGGCACCACAGACUCUCUGAAAACUGUGCGAGCUUUGAGUCCUGGUUUAGUUUGUACAAAUGCAGGAGAUGACAGCCCAGACUGCAGCCUCUUGGAGCAGUAUCUGUCUUCAGUUCAGCAGAGAGAAGAAGAGGCAGAGGAGGUGCUCAGUGACAGGUCUGAAACGCCUCAAUCAUCGUCACCUCUGUCUCACAAUACAAAAGUAACUGAGAAAGACCAACCAGAGGAGGAAAAAACUGCAUGCACAGAAGGGAUUCUUAAAUAGGACUGGAUGAAGUCACCGUUACUCCAACACAAGAUGUUCCGACGAUUGCUGACCCAGAUCUCAAAUAACAGUGCACUUAAAAUACCUAAAUGUUUUGCGUGGAUAGCAAAAGCCAAUUUAAGCAAGCUCAGUUUAAUGUAGUAUUUAUUUUUUAUAGGGAUGGGCAUUCGAUGAAAUUUUCUUAAUCGAUCGUCGGAAGAAUUAACGAUCGGACACCGUACGGGGGGUGGGACGUGGGUCCUCGUCAUCGCGCGACUCCCACCUGGUAAAACUUUUUCCCACUGGACACCGAAACAUAUGUGCUGCUUUGUACACUGUGCACAUGGACUCACACUUGUCCCGAACGCAACGGAAAGCGUGGAAUUUCUUGUACAAGUCAUCGUUAAAUACACAUUUGCGUUGCAGACUGACCGACUGUGUUUGCUCGCUCCUUCUGAGUGCAGAGAGCUACAUGUACGGACCCCUGUUUGGUCACGCUACGCACAUCAACCUACAUUCGGUUUGUCGAUUAAAAUGAACGUAAUCGAUGAAUUUCUUAAUGAUCAAUUAUCGAUCAUGCCCAUCCCUAAUUUUUUAGUUACUAUAUAAUUCAUUUCAAUAUAUGUACAUAUUUAUUUGCUUAAGAAAAUAAAACAAUGUUUGAAUUGCUGCUGAGCUGAGUACACUGUAGUUCACAUAGGGUACAGGCAUAAUUAAUAUUAAAGGUUUAAAUUACAUUCUGUCUUUU